UUCUCGCUUUAGUAGUCUGAGCAGUGACACCAGUAGUGCAUCAGUUGAAGCCACAGCUGGAGAAGAAGAAGAAGAAAGGGGAAGAAGAAGAAGGUUGAGCUAGCUAGCAAGUAGCAACAGCAAUGGCGAAGCCGCACCAGGAGGUCUACUUCGUGUUCAUGAACUUCGACCCAGUCUACGAGCGCCUCAGAGCUGACAGGUCCAAGGAGGGGUCGGCCACGCUGGACGCCUACCUGAGCCACAAGCACGACAAGCUGCUCUCCAAGCACCUGCAGCCGGAGACCUACCGGAGGAAGUCGUCGCUCGCCAUCGUCGAUGGCUUCGCCGUCGAGAUCACCGAUGCUCAGGCGAGCAUCCUGAGGUCGGCGAAGGAGGUGAGGGUGGUGGAGAAGAACCAGGAGCUUGCUUGAUGCCCAGUCAAAUUGAUAGAGAUUAUUACUACUACACAUACAUUAUACAUAUGUGUGUGCCAAUUAGUAGUCAACUAGAUGCUUAAAUUAAUUAAUUUGGCAUCAGCUAUAUAUGGGCUAUAUAUAUGUAGCUAUUUUUAAUUACUAAUUAAUUAGGCUAAAGGGGUUGAUCGACCGAGUAAAUUGCCUUUGGUGCAUGUGUGUCGGCGUGUGUGUGUGUGACAGUGUGAGCUCCCAUAUUUAUAUGGCUCUGUUGACUCCAUUGUCAAGCAUAUGUAGCUGCUAGUGUUGUAUAUGUAUAGUACUGGAGUACUGCUUAGCAGUGAUAAUAUAUAAUAAAUUAGUAAAUGCAGUUCUU